CUACAAUUUUCACAAGCAGGCCUUCAAACAAAUAGUUAAUCCAAACUCUAGCUACUAUUACUACAUUUCUAAUCAAUAUGGAGGAGUAUUCACGCGAACCGUGUCCAUUUCGCAUUGUCGAGGAUUGUGGUGGCGCCUUCGCCAUGGGCUUUGUGGGCGGCUCAAUCUUUCAGGCCAUUAAGGGAUUUCGCAAUGCACCCUGCGGCGUGCAACGUCGUCUGGCCGGUGGCAUGGCCGCGGUGCGAGCACGUGCCGCAUUGGUUGGUGGCAGCUUUGCCAUUUGGGGCGGCACCUUCAGUGCCAUCGAUUGCACAUUGGUCUACGGUCGCGGCAAGGAGGAUCCAUGGAAUUCAAUCAUUAGCGGUGCAGCGACUGGCGGUGUGCUUGCAGCACGUGGAGGUGUCACCGCAAUGCUGAGCAGCGCUUUAGUUGGAGGCGUGUUGCUCGCGCUCAUAGAGGGCGCCAGCAUUGCCGUCUCGCAUUAUACGGCCGAUAACUAUCGCCAGAUAUCGGUGGUGGAACGCAUGCAGCUUUACAAUGACCGUCAGAUGCGUCAGCUGAAGCAGCAGCAACAACAGCUCGCCAGCUUCUAUGCGGAGCCAAAUGAGGGCAACUCGAUGCCGGCUUAGAAACUUGUCGCGUCGCGUCACCGAUUGACAACAAACAUUGAAUACAAAUCUUUCUUUUCUUUACAA